CCCCCCUGCGGCGGCGCCCCAUAUAAAGGGGAGGGUGGCAGGCGGGAGAACUUGCCGUAUCUUCCGUCUGGCAGAAAUGAAGACGGAGAUCCCGCUCAGAGCGGCGGUACCCUUCCCUCCAAUCCGCCAGGCCAUAUGCUGCCCCGGUAGGCAGCAGGAGCCCCGGCGGCAGCCGAAGAAGAAAGUGCAGCCGUCCGCCCCCCAGCCGCCGCCACCGCCAAAUUUCUCCCACUCGUGGCCCAAGGCGGGUUUCCAGCUGGGGGGCCGCCGGCCGCAGCCCCGCCUGCUCGGGCCGAGGCUGGCGGGCAACUCGUGUGCCAGCGCGCCGGCCUCUGCCUCCGGCGCCUCCGCCAGGAGGGGUAGCGGGCACUCGCAGCGCACCGGCCGAGCUGGUGGCGGCGAGGAGGAGGAGGAGGAGGAGGAGCGCUUCUCGCUCAGCCUCACCCCCGAGGCCGUGCUGGUGAUCCAGAAGCGCAUCCUGGAGCGGCAGCAGCUGACGGGCCGGUCCAAGGGGAAGGCGGCGCCUCGGUGCCCGGCCGCGCCACCCUCCUCGGACAUCGGGAGCUUGCUGAAGAUCUCGCUGCUCAACGACCAGCACAAGUACGACGACGUGGAAUACGAGGAGGAUGGGGAAGGCAGCGGGCCGCCCGACAGCUCGGUCCUGCAGAAAUGCCUGGAGUGGCUGCGGGGAGUGGAGAGCGCUCGGGGGCCGGCGGGCAGGCUGGCCAGGUUACCCCAGCUGGCCCGCUAGCCGCCUCUUUUCCCCCUCGGCGGCCAGCUCGACAAGUUGUUGCUGCGACCACCAAAAGCGGCUAUAAGGUCACUUUGUUUCCCAUACAAUGUACUUCUAACCAUCGCUGUUCCUGCAAACCAAACACCUGGGAAAACAUAAUGAGUAGGAGCCGUUACCAUUGGAGCCCCGAGGGGGGCUUUUGAAUAAGCUAUCUGAACAGCACGGGUGGGUGGAAACAAUUAACGGAAUGUUUUGUGUGCAAGUACUACCUGGAAGAUUUCCCGAUUCAUAAAAUCUGGAGGUAUUGUGCAACAUGGAUUUAAGUGUGGAUUUGGCGAAAUCAGCACCAGAUGUUUAGAUGACAUUACACCGGUUUCUAAUAACCAACCAACUUCGAGAAUGAGCCAGUUCCCGCACUCGUUUUCAAGUGGGCGUGCACUGAAAAGAAAAUCGAAUCGUGGACUAUUUAUGCCAACUUUUUAUUUUCGUAGUUAGUAGUUGCUGGCAACGUAUAUAACAGUACUUAAAUUGUACAGUAAAUUUAAAAUUAGUUUAUAUUUGAACGUUUAAAAUCGUCAAUACAACCUUAUUGCAAUAAACCGUUUUUAUAUUUCAAUCUUUAAUAAACUAAUUCCUUCUG